AUAAUAAUUUAAAUAAUUUUAAAACGAGUUCACCUACCAUGGCAAAUAUACAUUCAGAUGAUUAUUAUGAAGUUCUUGGAGUCUCUCGGGAUGCCCAAGAAAAGGAAAUUAAGAAAGCAUACAGAAAAUUAGCCAUUAAGUGGCAUCCGGAUAAAAAUCCAGAAAAUAAAGAAGAAGCCGAAGAGAAUUUUAAAAAGAUUGCUGAAGCUUAUGACUGCCUCUCAGACGAAUCAAAAAGAUCCAUUUAUGACAAAUAUGGAAAGGAAGGUCUUAAAUCUAGCGGAGCAACUGGUGGCUCAGAUUUCCAUGGGCACUUCCCAUCAGGCAGCCAUUUCUCAUUCUCCAGAGCUGAAGAUAUUUUCAGAGACUUCUUUGGAGGAAAAGAUCCAUUUGCUUCCUUCUUUGAUGAUGAAGAUGACUUCUUUGGCCCCUCUUCCUUUGGAUUCUCAGGAAUGGGUGGAAUGGGAGGCAUGGGUCAUCCCACUAAAACGAAAGCAUUCAAAAGUAAAAGUACCAAUGCUCCAUAUCAGAGUGAUCCAUUCGGCAUGGGAGGCUUCGGAGGAUUUGGAGGCUUAAGUAAAAGAAUGGGAUUCGGAUUUGAUGAUGACAUGUUCGGAGAUUUCGGAGAUAUGGAUGGAGGAAUGGGAGGCGGAAUGAGCCAAUCCAUUUCUACCUCAAGUUAUAUUGAUUCUAGUGGAAGAAGAGUAACAGAAACCAAAAAGAGCUAUAUGGACUCUUCUGGUAAUCAAAAGACUGAAGUAACCAAGCAAGUUCAAAAUCCUGAUGGCACAAUUGAGAGUUAUACUGAAGCUCCUCAUGCAAUUGAAGGAGGAAGACCUCGUGGCAAGACAACAAAGACUGGUAAAAUUAAAAAGAAAUCGAGGAAGCACUAGA